AUGUUAAUAAAGAGUUGGAGCUCAUCUCCUCCUGCCGGGGUUCCAGCUGCCCUGGCUUGCCCUAAUAAUGAUUUACUAGCUGGUGGGGGCCACUCCCCGCCUCCGCCCCGCGGACCUUGGAGCCGCGGCCUGGCUACACUGUGGCUUCUCUCCACCGAAAAUGUUUUCCCCGGGGUCCUGGCUCCCGGCGUUGCCGGGGCUGGAGUGGGGCUGGGCACUACUGGAUGCCCUCCUGCAAGGGCUGGUGGGUGCCUGUGCUGUCUCGGUGCUCUGCAGCCUCAUGAAGGUUUAUCUCUACAUCAAGUGCGUGAACAACCCAGAGAGGCAGGCGGAGAAGGAGGCGAUCAGGGCACGGCAGCCACUGCUGGAGCCGCUGCAUGUGCUGGUGCUGACCGGUGUCCUGGGCCUGGUGGGCUCCCGUGUGGCUGCACUGGUGGUGCUGGAGUUCUCCCUGCGCGCUGUCUCCACCAUCAUCUCCCUCAGCAAGGGCACCCACAGCAGCCAGCUCUACUUGCUGUGCCAGUACUCGCUGGGCUGUGGGGUGUCCUGUGGCCUCAGCUUCCUGCUGGAGGGGGCUCUGCACCGCAGCUGGAACCUGGUGCUGGCGGUGGGGCUGUCGGGGCUGCUGGCACUGCAUGCCCGGCGUUUGGCCCAGCAUGUCUGCGCCCUGUACGAGCUGCACAGCCGGGCGCGCUACUGCGGCGUCUGCAUCCUGCUACUGGCUGCGGGGCACGGCAUCCCAUGCCUGCUGCGCAACGCCCUGGCCCUCACCUUUGCUGUGGCCGACCUGGCUGCCGUGGAGCUCAUCAACCGCGACUUCCUCUCCACGGGCGAGGCUGUACGCUUCUGGACCCCGCUGACCAUCUGCUACACCCUGCUGGUCAUCUACAUGCAGGAGGAGUCCCGGCAGAGCAUGGUCAGGGGACUGGUGUUCCGGACCGUGCUGGUGCGGAUGGGCGGCCUCUUCAUACUCCUCCUCACCGUGGGCCGAUGGACGGACGUCCUGCACGUCUUCGUGUCGCUGCUAGGGGAGCUCUGGUGCCUGCUCCACGCCGGGGUCCUGCUGGAGUCCUGCUGGAGGCAGGAUUUUGCCCAGCAGCCUCGCUUGGAUAGUUUGUCGGGAUCCAGAUCGGAGGAGAGGUCCCGAUGA